GAGUCCUCGCCGCCGCCCGAGGAGUCCUCGCCGCCCGAGGAGUCCUCGCCGCCCGAGGAGUCCUCGCCGCCGCCAUCGGAGUCCUCGCCGCCGUCGGACGCCUCGCCGCCCGAGGAUUCCUCGCCGCCCGAGGAGGCUGCUGUGGAAACGGGGCGGAGCAAAGACCUUCCGGCCACGCCACAGAAACAGGGGUCUUUGGUGGUCCAAUCGAGCACCAAGAACCCGGCCGGCGAGAAGCUGGAGAGAGUCCGCAGGUGGACCAUCACCACCUACAAGCGCACCCGGCAGGCUCUGUCGGAGAAGCUGGGCCGGGGGUCCCGUACGGUGGACCUGGACCUGGAGCCCCGCCUCGAGCUGCUCAAAGACGACCGGCAGCGCUACGACGGCGUGACCAAGCUGGCUCAGACGCUGGCCGAUCAGCUCGCUCAGUUCUCGGUUACCCAGAAGACCCUGGGGGACACCUUCGCCGAGCUCAGCUUCAAGACGCCGACGCUGCACGUGGAGUUCGGCGUGAAUGCCGACGCUCAGAAGUUCCUGUCGAAGAGCGGCGAGACUCUGACGGCGUCCAUCAACGCCUUCACGGCCGACAUGAACACGCUGGUCAACACGACCAUCGAGGACACCAUGAUCAACGCCAAGCGGUACGAGGCGGCCAGGGUCGAGUACGACGCGUACCGGGUGGACCUGGAGGAGCUGAACCUGGGACCCCGGGACGCCGGCACCCUCCCCAAACUGGAGCGGGCCCAGAAAGACUUCCAGAGCCAGAGGGACCGGUACCAGAGGAUCAGAGACGACCUGUCCGUCAAAGUCAAGCUGCUGGAGGAGAACAAGGUCAAAGUGCUUCACAACCAGCUGUGGCUGCUCCACGCCGCCGUCGCCGCUCACAGCUUAUCGUGCCAAAGCUUCCUGGAGAAAAACAUCCGGCGGGCCGAUCACCUCGGCAACCCCAGCGUGGACGCCCCCUCCUGGCUCGAGGAGAGUUGACAUGGCAACAAGGGGGGAGGGGGAGGGGGGGGACCUCCAGAAAGUUCGAGGGUUCAGAGGGAAGGUGAUUGUUGUGGAGCUUCAACACUUUCCACGUCUUAUUUUGAACGAUAUUUAGGAUAAUAAUGAUGUUCCUCUUCCUCCUGGAUGUCUGGUGUGUUGGGAGUAAAUCCAUAAUCCUCCGUGAGGCACUAAGCCUCUCUUUGAACCUCCGCCAGAAACCUCGACUCCAUGGCCCUGGAUCUGGAUCAGGAUCUGGGUCCUGAACUACAACUAAACUCGGGACGCCAAUUGAGGGAGUUAAUUAGAGUUAAUGCCAAGAGUCAAUUUGCUGAACAGGUUAAUUAAACUCGUCGGUUGUCUGCGA